AUGCUCAUCCGAGUCUUGUUUUAUAUAUGUUUAAUUGAUUUCGGCAUUUCAAUAAGUAAUCAAGCAGAUUUAUCGAUAUCGAAACAUUUUCACAUAGCAUGUCUAAUAUUAAACACCGAUAAUCAAUUUAUUGCCAAUUAUACUCAAGAAAAUUCGUUAUUACCCUAUCAAACAUUUUCAAGCUCAAAUAUGUCUAUUGAAUUGUGUUUUCGUCUAUGUCGACAAUGGAUAAUAUUCAUGGAUAAAAAUCAUACAAAUUGUAUUUGUUUAUAUACAAUGACUAAACUCUAUCAAGUCAAUGAAUUUCUUGGCCAAAUUGUAUCAGUAAAUAGUUGUUCUUCGGAUAGCUUACAAAUACAUUCAUUAACAAAAGAUUUUGAUGUAUUACUACCAACACUAUCAUCAACGUAUGAUUGGUCACUUGAUGGUUGUUAUUAUUUGCAUGGUAUACAAACAUAUCAGGCUAAUCUCUUAUUAAAUAAUAUUAAUAACUAUAGUCGAAGUUUGGAUGACUGCCGAAAACAUUGUCAAAUAACACGUCAAACAAAUUAUUUUUCAUUUUUUCUUUCAUUAAGAAAAUCUUGUUAUUGUUUACCAAUUCAAAUAUCGUCAACCAACACAGCUAAAGCUGUUCGAAAGCCUCUUAUUCAUUGUUCGUUUCUCUCGUAUAUAAAAAAUGGAUUUGAAAAUUCCUUGAAUACUUCUGAAAUUAAUUCAGAUACAGUCGUUAAAAUUAAUGUACAACUCUAUUGUUCAUCAACAUUUAUUUUUGAUAGGAUUCUAUAUAUAUGCUUAAAAUUAAUCUCACUCAACACGCAAAAUACUUAUGCAAAAGUGAAUACACAUGAAAAUUGUUUACCAAUAUUAAUCAAAACCUAUGAACAGUGGAAUUACUUAAAAUCAAAAUCAUUUCCAUUUCGUACACGUACAUUUAUUAGAAUUGAUCGUAAUUCAACGUAUAUAUUCGAUGAUCUAUUUAAAUCGAAAAAUAACUUAUUAGCAUCCGAUGAACUUUGUCUUGUUAUUAAUCAAUUGCAUUUCAAUCGAUCAUUAUCAUUUGAUCUUGUUUUAUGUUCAACAGCAAAUACUUUAGGAUCUGUACUCUGUGCACAAAAACCUAUGACACCAGUUAUUGUCGAUCAAGCAGAAUUUAAAAUGAUGUAA